AAUACUUCACACCGACCAUGUUCGGCUUUCUUCCGAUUGACUCGGAACAAUGUCGGUCUCUUUUAUCCUGCGAAGUGAGCAAGAUGCCCAUGAAAAAAGUGGUCAAGAAGGGCUCCAAGCCUGUUGUGAAGGGGAAGAAAAAGAAGCAAACGCUUCAUUUUACCAUCGACUGUACUCUACCAGUCGAAGAUGGCAUCAUGGAUGCAGCUAAUUUUGAGGCAUUCUUGCAGGACCGCAUCAAAGUGGACGGGAAGACCAAGAACUUUGGCAACAAUGUCAGCAUCGAGCGCAAGAAGAGCAAGGUGACCAUCACAUCCCACAUUGACUUCUCUAAGAGGUAUCUGAAGUACCUGACCAAGAAGUACUUGAAGAAGAACAACUUGCGUGACUGGCUGCGAGUGGUGGCCUCUGGUAAAGACACGUACGACCUGCGUUACUUCCAGAUCAACCAGGAAGAAGAUGAGGAUGAAGAUGAAGAUUAAAGUGUGAUGUUUGCAGUCACCCGUUACCCAUGAAAUCACCCAUUCAACACCUUAGAGUUGCUGCUUGAGGCGGUCUCAUUCUGUGUUGUAGCCUGUCAAGAAAACAGCGGAGAUUUUCAAACUGUAAAAUUAAAACAGUCAUUUUCAUUAUCAAUUACGCUUGUUCAUGUACACCUGUACUCCGGAGAUAAUUUCUGAGGCAUGUGGAGAAUUUGGGCACUUCAAUCAGACAGGGCAGAUGAUACAGAUCUGGUACCCCGUCUCAAUCGGUUUUCCAAGUACAUGUUUAUGGUUUGAGCACUGUUCACUUCUGCAGGAUCCGUUGUAUCAGAGAUCAGAAUAAAUUACAGAAGACAUUGUCACAAGGA